GCGAGUAUCUGAAUUCCUCGGUGAGCAAGUGUUUACAUAUUGGCCAAAUCGAGAUAUACCGUAGGCUAAUCGAGGAGUUUAACCUCAAAUAUUUUCUCAGCGCAAUUCGUGAAAAGUCAUAGUGAUAUUGCAAAAAGAGUAAUGGAAAACAAGGAGGACAUAGUGAGAGUGAAAGAGGAACCGAACGAUAUUUUGCCAGACGUGGUAGAAGGUAUUUUCGAUUCAGUGAACUUCUGCGACGUCAAAAACUUUGAAACGAUCACGUUUUAUAAAUCAUCGAAAAAGUCAGAUGAAAAAAUAUUCGUGGAUUUUGAGUGCAAAGAUGUUAAACUUGAACUGUCGUCUCCGUCGUCAACCAUCUACAAAACUGAGUACCAGGGUUAUCAACCUAUUGUGAAAAAAGAAAACGAGAGUCAAACCGAUUAUUUGAGUGAUGAGCUUGACGAAUUCAGGAAGGUCAAAAUAUCGGAAAAAAGAACUGAAACCAAGUUAUUUAGUCGGCGCAAUGUGUGUCAAAUAUCUCAUCAAGGAAAAGCGAGUCCAACAAAAAUCAAUCUCACGCAUAAAAGCAAUAAACCAUAUGAAUGUGACGUUUGUCAUAAAACAUUUGGAUACCAGCAUGCAUUAAAACGUCAUAUAAACACAAUACAUGAUCGUAACAAACCCUUUGAAUGUGAUAUUUGCCACAAAUCAUUUCUACACAAAGGCCAACUUAAAGUUCACAUAACUGUAGUACACGAUCGCAGCAAACCCUUCGAGUGUGAAAUUUGUCACAGAUCAUUUGGAUACCAACAUGUACUAAAAAUACACAUAAAUGGAGUACAUGAUCGUAGAAAACCUUUUGAAUGUGAGAUUUGUCAGAAACCAUUUGGAUUAAAAAGCAGCCUCCAAACUCACGUAAAUGCAGUACAUGGUCGGAUCAAAUCUUUUGAGUGCGAAAUUUGUCGCAAAUCAUUUGGACUAAAGUGUUACUUGAAAACUCAUUUAAAUACAGUACAUAAUCGUGUCAAACCCUUCGAAUGUGAGAUUUGUCAAAAAUUAUUUAGCCGCAAGGACCGACUUAAAACUCAUAUUAAUGUAGUACAUGAUCGUAAGACACCCUUCGAGUGUGAGAUUUGUCAGAAACCAUUUGGAUCAAAAAGCAGCCUCCAAACUCACGUAAAUGUAGUACAUGGUCGGAUCAAAUCUUUCGAAUGCGAUAUUUGUCACAAAUCAUUUGGACUAAAAGGUGACCUCAAGAAACACAUAAAUGCAGUGCAUAAUCGUAGUAAACCCUUCGAAUGUGAAAUUUGUCAUAAAUCAUUUGGACGAAAAGAUUAUCUCAAAGUUCAUAUAAAUGCAGUACAUGAAGGUAGCAAACCAUUCGUGUGUGAGAUUUGUAACAAAUCAUUCGGACAACAGGGUCAUCUCUACAAACAUACAAAUGGAGUACAUAAUUAUAAUAAAGCCUUUGAAUGUGAUAUUUGUCACAAAUCAUUUGGACUAAAACAUCAUCUGAAUUCUCACUUAAAUACAGUACAUAAUCGUGUCAAGUCCUUCGAAUGUGAGAUUUGUCAAAGAUCAUUUGGACAAAGUGGUAACCUAAAUAAACACAGAAAUGUAGUUCAUGAUCAUAUAAAACCCUUUGAAUGUAACAUUUGUCAAAAAUCAUUUGGAUACAAACGUAGCCUCAAAACUCAUAUAAAUGCAGUGCACGAUCCUAACAAAGGAAGAGCGUGCAAUUCGUUCCAAGACAUCAGAACCCAAUGAAGAUUUAUACACUCACAUGAAUGCGCUUUGUAAUUUUGAA